AAAAAUUAUUUUUUGCAGAAUAAAAUGGCAGAUAGUGGACAGGCUAAAACCCUUCCCCAAUACAUUGCGGCUUUGUCCGUAUGUCUGGGAGCUGUAGCAGCUGGCGCUGUAUUGGGCUGGACAUCAAAUGUUUCGAAGCAAUUACAGGAGGGUGGCUUAAACGACCUUCUCAUAGAUGAAGACCAACUAGGAUGGAUUGGUUCCUUCGUGACAUUAGGGGCGUUGGUAAUGUGCUUUCCAAUCGGCUACAUUUGCGAUUUAAUCGGAAGAAAAUGGGGAUGUCUUCUAACACUUAUACCUUUUACAGUUGGCUGGCUUUUAGUGAUUUUUUCUUCUAGCGUCAGUGUAAUUUACGUCGGAAGAUUUUUGACAGGUUUAGCAGGUGGAUCUUUUUGUGUAGCUGCUCCAAUCUACAGCGCAGAAAUCGCACAAACCAGCAUCAGAGGAGCCUUGGGAAGCUAUUUUCAGUUACUCUUGACCGUUGGAAUUCUCAUAGCAUAUGUUGGUGGUGCUUGGAUGCAUCCAAAGGACCUUGCUAUACUCUCUGCCGUGAUACCCAUUGUUUUUGCAGUAGUCUUUUUCUCUCAACCGGAAACACCUAUCUAUUUAAUGAAGAAGAACCGACCAGAAGAAGCUAAAAAAGCGUUGCAACGAUUACGUGGAAGCUCAUACGAUUGCGAUGCCGAACUGAAAGAAAUACAGCUAAGUUUUGAACAGGGCACAUCAGAAAAAUCGUUUAUGACAGUUUUAAAAACAAAAGCUGCCAUUAAGGCUAGCUUGAUUACAUUUGGCCUGAUGUUUUUCCAGCAAAUGAGCGGUGUGAACGCUGUUAUUUUUUACACUGCAGAUAUAUUUUCAGCUUCUGGUUCAAGUUUGGAACCCGCCAUAGGAACAAUAAUUGUUGGAAUUCUUCAAACGUCAGCAACAUUUGGUUCAUCCUUGAUUGUCGAUAAGUUUGGACGAAAAAUUUUAUUAUUGGUUUCUAUUGGAUUUAUGGCAAUUUCUGAGUUUGUUCUGGGGUUGUUCUUUACGUUUAAAGAUAGAAAUGUUUUAGAUGAGGAUCAGCUUUCUUCCAUUGGAUUUUUACCGAUUAUCUGUUUAGGUAUUUUCAUUGUAAUGUUUUCAGUUGGUUUUGGGCCGAUUCCAUGGAUGAUAUCUGCCGAAUUAAUGCCUGAAGAAAUUAAAUCCACUAUGGUUUCAGCGGCAGCUACUUUUAAUUGGUUUUUGGCCUUCAUAGUGACCAAAUUUUAUGGAAAUUUAAAGACAAGUAUUGGAGGAGAUGUAACAUUUUAUAUUUUCUCUGGUGUAUGUAUUGCCGGCGUGGUUUUCGUCAUGUUUUGCGUUCCAGAGACCAAAGGCAAGUCUGUUGCCGAAGUCCAGGCUCUUCUUAAUGGUGAUAAGACGACCCCGAUAAACGAAAAAGAGGGUAUUGAUAAUCCUACAUUCGAUAAAAACUAG